AUGUCCUGGGGAGCGCAACUGUUCUGCAUUCAGACGCAGAACAGCCUUCCAAUUGCGAGACCGAACCUAGGAAUCGCAGAUAUCGAGGACUCUGGUGAUCCGAAUAGCCGCACUCUGCUCGAAUUCAUCGACGCCGAGCUAGACAGAAUAUUCUUAUCGAUAAGCUCACCCAAUGGCCGCGCCCCAAUUCUUUUCAAUAUGGGUCCAACCAUUCUCGUAGACGAGCGCCGACAUCUCGAACCUCCCAAUCCAAUCCGUCACCCUCAGAACCCCAGACUUCUAGCAACAAUGGGGAAGAUCCCCUCACCACUGGCCCUCACGCCAACCCUCCGCACAACUACCCUCCUCCGCCCGUCCUCCAGAUCCUGCCUCCAGAACCAGGUCCGCCACGCCACAUUCAUCCAGCGCCCCCGCCGACCCUACACAUUCACCCAGCUCGUCCAGCUCUCCGACGGCUCCUCCUACAUCGCCCGCACCACCUCCCCCCAGCCGCUCUACGUCGCUACAAAGGACACCCGCAACACCCUGACCUGGCAGCCCUCGGAGAAGUCGCUCAGGAACGUCGAGCUCGACGAGGCCGGCAAGCUCGCCGCCUUCCGCGGCAGGUUCGGCACCGCCUUUGACGGCAAGCAGGAGGGCGAGGAGGAGGGCAGCGGCGGCGACCUCACUGAGGAUGGCUACGGCUCCCUGAUAUCUUCGUACGCCAACCAAGACACCAGCGCGUUGAAGGAUGCUGCUCCCACCAAGAAGAAAUAA